AUGUUUCCACCAUUAUCACUUCUACUAGAAUUGUCAGUUCUGGCAUCCCUAUUUUCAUCAUUAUCAGCUGAAUCAUCAAUCGAACAGGUGAAACCUGGUUGCCAAUCGAAAUGUGGGAAUAUUACUAUUCCAUACCCAUUCGGUAUAGGUGAUUGCUCAUAUGAUGAAGAUAAUGAUGGAAAGUUGUAUUACAUUGUAUGCAAUACUACUUACAAUCCCCCUAAACCCUUUAUUGGAUUAGCUAAUUACCACUUGGAGAUUUUAAGUAUAACAGAGACAGAAUUUCGCAUUAAAAACCCAGUCAUAGCUUCAAAAUGUUACGACGACAAAACAGGCAAGUUGGUGUUAGACAAACCGCUUUACACAUUGGAUUUGCGAAGUACCCCAUUUACCUUCUCAUAUACAAAAAAUAUGUUUAUCGGGAUUGGGUGCAACACAGAUUUGAGUAUGAAGGGUGAUACAGAAGGAUGUAUAUCAACAUGUACGAGCAGGGCAGAUGUGGUAGAAGGAUUCUGCAAUGACACUGCUGGGUGUUGCCAGAGAACCAUUCCAAAGAGCUUGAACUUAUUUGACGCAACGGUGAGUGAGUUUUCACCCAGCAUUUUGUCUUUCAGUCCGUGCAACUUUGGCUUCUUGGUUGAAAUAGGAGAAUACACAUUCCAAGCAUCAGAUCUUCUAUUCGGAGGACGCCUUACUGAGCCUAGCAUGGUCUUGCCAUUGGUACUUGAUUGGGCUAUAGCAGCUCAGAGUUGUGAGGUAGCGAAAGUACAAUCUUCUAUUUAUGCAUGCAAGAAUAAUAGUUUUUGCAGUGAAGCAAUCAAUAACCCUGGAUAUCGUUGCGCUUGCCAUAAAGGUUUUGAAGGAAACCCUUAUCUUGGAUGCAAAGAUGUAAAUGAAUGUGAGGAUCAAAACAACAACCCCUGCUCUGCGAUCUGUACCAAUACAAAUGGCGGUUAUAAUUGUUCUGCUUGUCCAGAAGGUAGUUCCGGUGAUGGAUUGAGACAUGGUAGUGGCUGCACUAUCGUCAUCAAACCGGCACAUGCAACGAAGGAAGGAUUUCCAGUCAUAAGGGUUGCACUUGGUAUUAGUUUAGGGUUCAUGUUAGCCAUUUUAUGCAGCUUAAUUUUCUACAUAAGCAAAAGGAAGCAAACACUAUUCAAAACUAAAGAGAAUUUCUUUAAGAAAAAUGGAGGAUUACUACUAAGAAAGCAAUUAACAUCGAAUGAAGGUAGCGUAGACUCAACGAAGAUCUUUACAGAAGAAGAAUUAAAAUUGGCAACCAACAAUUAUCAUGAAAGUCAAGUCCUAGGAAAAGGAGGUUUUGGUACAGUUUACAAGGGAACUUUAUCUGAUAAUCGUGUUGUUGCAAUUAAGAAGUCGAACGUAAUUGACCAGACUCAAAUUGAACAAUUUGUAAAUGAGGUUGUGAUUUUAACGCAGAUUAACCACCGAAACGUAGUGAAUCUCUUAGGUUGUUGUUUAGAGACUGAAGUUCCUUUGCUUGUUUAUGAGUUUGUAUCUAACGGUACCCUUUUCCAGCAUAUCUAUUCUAAGGGCGCUACUGAGUUGUUCUCCAUGGCUUGGGAAAGUCGUCUGAAAAUUGCUACUGAAGUUGCAAGCGCAAUUGCUUAUUUACAUUCUGCGGCAUCUCCACCAAUUAUUCAUAGAGAUAUAAAGUCUACAAACGUAUUACUGGAUGAAAAUUACAUUGCUAAAGUUUCAGACUUCGGAGCAUCAAGGUUGGUUCCCUUGGAUCAGACUCGUCUAAACACCCUUGUUCAAGGUACCUUGGGAUAUUUGGAUCCGGAAUACUUCAAUUCAAGCCAAUUAACAGAUAAAAGUGAUGUUUAUAGCUUCGGUGUUUUGCUUCUGGAGCUCUUAACAGGAGAAAAACCACUUUGUCUUGAAAGACCCGAAGAACAAAGAAAUCUUGCAACGUAUUUUGUUUCUUUAGCAGACAAGCAUGACGUGUUCCGACUCAUUAAUGCUCCAUUUAAGAAUGUGGGAAAUCAGGAACAAGUUCUAGAAGUUACAGUGUUGGCGAAGAAAUGUUUGAACUGGAAGGGUAAAUAUAGACCAACAAUGAAGCAAGUUGCUGCAGACUUGCUAAGUUUGACAAGGUUAGAGCCUCCCAGCGGAUGGGAUACUCAGCAGCAGUACUACGAAGACACAACAAGUUUACUAUCAGAGCCAAUAGACCUCCAUAGUAUGUUGUUGAGUUCAGUCAAUCUAUCUAGCGUGUAUAGCUUGGAAACCAAUGUUAUCGGGUCUAUGAACAAUCCUCGCUGA